AUGGCCGCUCCUGCGCCCUCCGCCCCUGGUCCUCACGAGGACCAAGGGGUUAUGAGCCCAACUGGUGCUCGGCGUGCCAUUGAUUCGAGAUUGGAAGGUGAGACUGCUGGUCCGCGCUACGAUCGUCAUCCUGCUGGAAAUGCGAUGCCCAAUGGGGUACUUUCGGCUGAUGUUGUAAGGCGUGAGGAUAUGGUGCAGGCCUCACCUGGUGCAGCGAGUUUGGAAAGCGCUCCAUGGCCACCAGCUAUGACUUCAAGGACAGAAGAUGUGGGACCGCCUGGUACAUUUUCCUGUGAUUCCGGGCUUCGCCAAGAAACGUCUUCCGUGUCUGCUGGGAAUGUGGGGCCAACGAUUCCGCACUUGGUCGCGCGGGCGAGUACGGAUAAUCACCCGGGAGGCUCCCAGGGUGGGACUGCCUUGCCAGUCCCGUCCUGGAUGAGUCGUCUCGGGGAUUAUCUUCGCCAAGCUUCCGGACAGGUUGAGACGCUGACAACGACGCUUACGAGGAGUGUGGGAACAGACGAUGCUUCAUCGGCGUCCAUUCCGGUGGAGUUGGUGCAGGAGGAGGUGAGAAGACAAGUGGAAGCGGCCUUGGCAGGACAGAAGGGAAGGCUUGAGCGCCUUCAAGAAGAAAAUGAGCGAUUGCGGGAGAUGGCUUUUGGGGGUGGUGGCGAUGUGAAAGGACAAGGCCGGGGUGGGGCUCUAUGGAAUGAGGCGCA